AUGAGAGGAUUGAUCGUCUUAAUCGUUACGGUAGCGAGCUGCAGAGCCGGUUUCCUCGGCGCACCGCCCUCUUUCGUCGAGCCCCAGGUCCACCCUCAGCCAGGACCUCAAAGGUUCGCGCCUCCAGCACCGGUUGGCCAAGAUGGGAACGUGAUCGACACGCCAGAAGUCGCUCAGGCGAAGGCUGCACACUUUGCGGAAUUCGCCAGAGCAGCGGCUAGAGCGGCGGAAGAAAGCAAGAAUCAACCCCAGUCGUCUGAAUACAAUCCAGUACCGACCCAGCCGCAUAUCAUUCCUGCUUCCUCGCCAAACCAAGGAGGUCAGCUUCCUGCGCCAAAGUAUAGUCAACCUGCACCAAACUAUCAUCAACCUGCAGCAAACUAUCAUCAACCUGCUCCAGUUCCAGCACCAUCGUAUAGUCAACCUAACCCGGCGUACCAGCCAUAUUAUACCGGAAACACGAACUUCAUUGGCCAACAAAGUUUCUCUACGAAUACCGCUAGGUUUGUUCCAGCGCCUCUAGCCGAGGAUGGAACCGUAAUCGAUACGCCGGAAGUGGCUGCUCUUAAGGCCGCCAGGUUGGCGGAACUGGCGGAGGCCGAAGCAAGGGCGUAUAAAUUUGCGCAGGAAUACAAACCGGAAGUGCAAGGCCAAGGUACGUUCGCUCUGAGGGAUUCUGCUUGAGGAGGAAUCCGAUAUAUUUGGAAUAUAAUUGGACAAGAUUGUUAUGGAAACUAAAAACAGAUAAC